AUGGAGCUGAAGCAGCUGAGCGUCCUGCUCGUCCUCCUGCACGUUUCAGUUGCGGCGUGGCAGCGUGUGACCGUGUUUAAAGGUCAGACAGUCAACCUCAGCUGCCCACUCACUAAUGCUCACAGAACCCACGUGGACUGGAAGAACCCUGGAGGGUUUGUUAUGUUCUUCAAUCGCCAGCAAGCUUUAAAGGACAAACGCUACAGUAUCGACAAGUUUUCUGAGUUUGAGUUCUCCAUCAGCAUUUCAAACGUCACCUUUAAGGACGGAGGCAACUACACCUGCAGUCAGUACGACCACCAAACCACGGAGAGGACAGUGGAGGUGACGGUGUUAGGACAUCCCAAAAUGGAAAUGACAAAACAUGAUGGACAGUUUGCCAUAAAAUGUUCUGCAGAAGGAAACCACCAUCCUCCUCAGAUCUUCUGGAAAUUGGAUCAAGGACCUGAAAUGUUUGCUCAUACCCAAGUCCAUCAUGAAGGAAAUAAAUAUGAGUCGAUGAAUAUUUUACGUCUUCAGUCAGUGGAGAACAGAGUCACUGUGAAAUGUCUCGUUCGCCAUCCAGCUCUGCAUUCACAACCUCUGAUGGACUUCAUGAAGAUUGGACGAGACAGUGAGUAUUCUUCUAUUAUCUCAAAAUACAGACAUGGGAAAACAGGGGACGAGUCCAGACUCACAACCAGCAUCAGUCCAGCUCCAGUGGACCCUCAGAGGUCAUCAGCCCCUCCCCCUCCCCCCCUCCAGACCACCACCACACUUCCUCUGGACACUGGCUCCCAUCACAGCACCACUGAUGACUCGACAACCUCGUCAGAAUCAACUGAGAGCAGAAACACCAGCAGCAGUAAUACAACAAGCACGACAGGCCGGCCGUUUGUCUCUGAGGAAACAGAAACCACUUCCUUUAACAGCACUGAGCGCAACACAACAGGCAGCGUGGAUGUGUCAGACAUGCAGACAGCAGCAGAGGGAAGUUCCUCCUUACUGGUCUUCCUGGUCACGUGUCUCAUCUUUGGACUUCUAGUGAUCGUGAUCUUUUUCACCAUCAUGCUGAGGAGAGCACACCUCGCCUGGAAAAGAGAGAAUGAAGACCCUGAUCCAUCAGAGGAGAGCAGUAAAUCUAAAUCCAGCCAGGAAGAGAAGAACGCACAAGGACGAAGAGGGCUCUCCCAAACAGCGUUCACACAGUACGACGUGGAACAGCCAAAAGUGAUCGGCACAGCUUGGACGCCAGCACUAGAGAGGAGAGAAGAAGAAGAGCAGCCUCCUCGACCUUUGACCCCGGGACAGCCUGCAGCCGCCUGCAACAUAAAGGAGACGGAGCUUUAG